CCCUCUCUCUCUCUCUCUCUCUCUCUCUCUCUCUCUCUCUCUCUCUCUCUGUUGAAUGCAGAUUUAUUAGUCCCGUAGCCUUCGCUCAUUCCUCCGCUUAACCCUCCAUUGAAACGAUAAACAGAUUUUCAUACACAAACUCAUAUUUACUCACAAGUGGAUAAGAACCCCCGUCUUCCUUCUUCAAUAUCCACUCCAAAUUUCAAGGACUGCUACGUAGCCUUAAAUCUCCUUGUUAUAGAUAAAGAGAGGGUCGAUCAGAUCAUCCUUUUUUUUUUUUCCCUUUUUUUCCCUUUUUUUCAGGAUUUUAUUGUUUGGCCUUGUAAAUCUCAAUAUCUCUUUUUGGGCAUACCUAAUUACAAUCUUCGUCAUCAACGACACGUUUUUCAGCCAAGUGGGUACUCUGCACCUCUUCUUCUCUUCCUAACAGACUCUUCUUUUGGGGCAGUUGAAGCAGGAGGAGGAGAAUUCCACUUCGAACCCAUUUGUUCUUGUUUUUUUUUUUUUUUCUUUUCUUUUUUAAGAUUUUGAGUUUGGAUAAGCUGUCGUGAGCUGCUGCUGUUGCUGCGGCUAGUGUUUGUUUGGAUGGACGUUUCAAGAGAGAUCGAAGGGAAGCAAUCGCAUGAUCCGCUCUUCGGCAACUGGGGAAUGAGCAGGCGUUCGGGCCGCUGCGAGCCCGUUCACGGCCCCAUAAUAGUUGGCGCGGGGCCCUCGGGGCUCGCCGUGGCGGCCUGCCUCAAGGAGAGAGGCGUGGCGAGCGUCAUCCUGGAGAGAUCCGAUUGCAUAGCCUCGCUGUGGCAGAGGAAGACGUACGACCGCCUCCGGCUCCACCUGCCGAAGCAGUUCUGCGAGCUCCCGAUCAUGGGGUUCCCCCUGGGGUCCCAAACGUACCCGGACAAGCGGGAGUUCGUGGAGUACUUGGAGGCCUACGCGCGGCGCUUCGGCAUCCGGCCGCAGUUCAAAGAGGCGGUGGCGGCGGCGGAGCAUGACGGGGCGCUGGGGCUGUGGCGGGUGAGGACCGUGGGGCCCAAGGAGGGGGAGGAGAGGGAGUACGUGUGCCAGUGGCUGGUGGUGGCAACGGGGGAGAAUGCGGAGGCGGUGGUGCCAGAGAUAGAGGGGAUGGAGGGCUUCGGGGGGCCCAUAAGGCACACAAGCAUGUACGGCAGCGGGGAGGAGUUCAGAGGGAAGAGAGUGCUGGUAGUCGGGUGCGGGAAUUCGGGCAUGGAGGUGUGUUUGGAUCUGUGCAACCACAAUGCCAUGCCUUCCUUGGUGGUCAGAGACACUGUGCACGUCCUACCACGAGAUGUGCUGGGAAGAUCGACUUUUGGGUUGUCCAUGUGGUUGCUCAAGUGGCUGCCCAUGCGCCUUGUCGACCGGCUCUUGCUCCUUGCUGCUCGGGUCAUGCUCGGCGACACGGCCCGGCUGGGCCUGAAGCGGCCAAAGCUGGGCCCCCUCGAGCUCAAGUGCCUGAACGGCAAGACUCCAGUAUUGGAUGUUGGGACGCUGGCCAAGAUCAAAAGUGGAGACGUUAAGGUAUAUCCCGGAAUCAGACGGUUGAAGCGCCACACAGUAGAGUUUGUCGAUGGGAGGAUAGAAAAAUUCGACGCCAUAAUACUAGCGACAGGUUACAAAAGCAAUGUGCCUACUUGGCUAAAGGAAGGAAGUAUGUUCUCGAAAGACGACGGGUUCCCCCGACGGGCUUUUCCAAACGGGUGGAAAGGCGAGCGCGGCCUAUACGCCGUCGGGUUCACCAAGCGGGGAAUACUCGGCGCGUCGAUGGAUGCCAGGAGGACGGCGGAGGACAUCGAGAGGUGUCGGAAAUAGGAGGAAAAGCGCAGGAUGCAAGUUCCUAACUUCCUAUUCCCAAAAUCAUCAUGAUCAUUUAUGGUUUUCUUCAGAGUUGUAAAGAAAAGGCAAAAAAAGAAGAGCCUAAGAGACCAAGGAUUUGAUUUUGGGUUUUGGUUCAAUAGGUCAUUUAAUUAUUGGAGAGGGGGCGUUUUUCCCUUAUGGUGCCACUGGAUGAUGCUCCUUCAGUUGAGGAAAAGAGAAGGGAAAAAGGGGGGAAAGGAGGCAAUGGAGAGUGAAAUAAAGGGGUUGGUUGGUGCAAAAAAAAAA